AUGCUUGCAUACGCCUUUGUGAAAGCGCAUGCCGGGGCCAUCAAGGUCGAAACUAGAAAGUCAGAUCUUUUCAAGGUAAAACAAAGAGACGACGAGAUACUUAGAGAGUUCGUAUCGAGGUUCCAAAUGAAACGAAUGGACUUGCCUCCGGUUGCAGAUGAUUGGGUCGUUCAGGCAUUCACGCAAGGACUUAACCCCCGAAGCUCCUUUGUUUCGCAGCAGCUGAAACAAAACUUGAUAGAGUACCCGACGGUGACUUGGGCCGACGUCCAUAACAGGUACCAGUCGAAAACCAGAGUCAAGGACGACCAGCUCGGGGCCCCCUCCGGGUCCUUUUAUCCUAUUAGACCUAAUGAUAGGUCUAAGAGAGUCGUCGACCAUGAACCAAGACCGAACAAAGACCUGUAUCAACCGUAUAACGAAGAUCGAAGGAGCAACGGAUCUGGGCGUAAUCCUGCAAGAAACGAGAAGAGGAGCGAUCGAGGCCACAGUAGUUGGGGACUCGUGAGCAAAAAUAGUUUCGAUAGGCCACUCGGGGCCAGGAAGGCACCAAGGUUAUCAAAAUAUAACUUCAAUGUUGAUGCUGCCAGCAUCAUAUCUGCCAUCGGGCACAUCAAGGAUACCAAGUGGCCUCGGCCAUUGCAUUUCGACCCUACCCAGAGAGACCAUAUCCUGAUGUGUAAGUAUCAUGGCACUCAUGGCCACAGGACCGAGGACUGCCGACAAUUAAGAGAAGUAGUGGCCUGGUUAUUCAAUAACGGGCAUCUCCAGGAAUUUCUGAGUGAUCGAGCCAAAAAUCACUUCAGGAACAGGGACUCCAACAAAUAG